AUGGGGGGAGAAAAUAACUUUGAUGAUUUGUCUUUUUUUGAAAAUAAUGAAUUUCAAAACUUGAAUAGGGAAUUUUUAAGAGGAUCAAUGGAUGGUAAUCGAAAUGAAGAAGACAAAGGGUUAAUACAUAAAGCUAUAAAUUUGUCAAAAAAAGGAGCAGAAAAUAUUCAAAAGGGUAUAAUAAAGACAUUAGAAAAAACAAAUUUAAAUAAUGCUCCAUCAAUAGUAUCAAAUUCUACUACAGCAGAUACGGGAUCAGUCUUUUCAAAUUUUCCAUCAUUUAAUAGUCAGACAAGGGAAAAUGAAUCGAAUUCGCUUUUUGCCUUUACGACAUUAUUAUCUUAUAAGAAUUUUCCAAUUUUUUGUUUGUUAUUUGGAAUUAGUAUACUAUUUAUGAUACUAUCCUUUUUUACCUUACCAAUGAUUGUAAUAUCCCCGAGACAGUUCGGUUCUUUGUUUACCAUAUCGUCAAUUUGUUUUGUUGCGUCCUUAUCAUUUUUAAAGGGUAUAUCAAGCCUCUAUUAUCAUUUGAUAGAAAAAAAACGCCUUCCAUUUACUGCUGCUUAUAUAUUAUCUUUACUUUCCACCUUGUACUUCACAAUAAUUAAGCCGUUGUAUUUAUUGGCAUUGAUUACGUCGGUUGUCCAAGUGUUAGCACUUAUUUCAUUUAUUGUUUCAUACAUACCAGGUGGAUCAGGUGCAAUAAAAAUGCUUAUCAAUGCGUUGGUCACAUAUAUUAAAAACUUGUUCAGACAAAACAAUUCUUCAGAUUUACCGUUUUAA